UCCAUUAAAACUACAACAACUAGUAUUCAAAAGAGAAAAUUUACUUGCAUAUUCCAAAUAUCUAAAAAUGGAGGGGAAGCGCCACAAGAUGAAUUUAUUCAAAAUCUUGGUUUGCUUUGCAUUAGUUCAAUUGAUGUAUAGUGGGGAAAUGGCUGAGUCAUGUAGUCUCGGAGGAGACGGUUGUGGUGUUUUUGAGUGGUGUUGUUCAGGGUACAGUUGUACGGAUACACUGCACGGGGGUGUAUGCAAAAGUGAUAAAUGCGUAACUGCUGGAAUGGUGUGCGAUGUUAGUUCCGGUGGUUCACACCAUUGUUGUGGAAGGUUGAUUUGUGAUUAUGAUGUGCAAAUUUGUAUCCAUGAAUCAGAAUGAAAGCUAAACGCCAAUCUCCAACAUUAUCCAUCAAGAUCAAUCAUCAGAUAUUUAUACCAAUUUAAGUUCAUGUUUAAUUAAAGUUUUAAUUCCUCUUUUUUUUAAUGAAUUUGUGUGUGGUGUAUUUCAUUAAAUUCCUUUUAUAUUAUUGUAUGGCCAUAUAAUUAUAUGUAUAAAAGACCAUAUCGUACUGCUCCCGGUCCAUUGGUAUCUGAAUUCCAGUGUGCAGAAUAAUGUAUGGUAAUAAAAAUAUGGUUAUAUACACUUUAUGCUA